UCCUCAUAAUGUCAGGAAUCCCCCUGUAAGGGAAAGUGGGAUGAUCCAGUCAAGUUCUCACUUCAUUCAAGGUUCAUUCAGACUAGAAGCUCGACGUUAAUUGAAUCACGAGACCCUACUGAAUGAAAACAAAUGCAGAUGUCAACGAAUAUGUAAGCGCUGCUGAACUUCCUCAAGCUCUAGAGGAAUAUGAACGCGGAAGGUGUUUCCAAACGCACGCACAAAACGUGAGGAGGCGCGAUGGAUGCAAAGGACAGAGAGCGGCAACGGACACGGAACGCUUGCAAAAGAACCGAAAGCGCCAGUGUCCUGCGCUCUCUCAGCGUAGACGAUUAUGAGACAAUGGCAGACGAGUUGGACCUGGUUAAACAUUGCAGUCUUGAACGGCGACUCUUUGCACCGCGGUACAGUUUGCUCCGUGAAGUUGGCAGGGGCAGUUAUGGCGUUGUGUAUGAAGCCAUUGCCCGUAAAUCAGGUGCGAGAGUGGCGGUGAAGAAGCUGCGCUGUGACGCGCCCGAGAAUGUGGAGCUGGCGCUGGCGGAGUUUUGGGCUUUGACCAGUCUGGAGAAACGCCAUGCGAAUGUGGUGCAGUUGGAGGAGUGUGUACUCCAAAGGAACGGGAUGGCCCAGAAAAUGAGCCAUGGCAAUAAGCGUUCAAAGCAGUAUUUGAGGUUGGUGGAGACCUCGUUGAAAGGUGAGCGUAUAUUGUCGUGUCCUGAUGAGCCCUGCUACCUGUGGUUUGUUAUGGAGUUUUGCGAGGGAGGGGAUCUGAAUCAGUUCAUCCUGUCGCGACGGCCCGAUCCCCGCACCAAUGCCAGCUUCAUGAUGCAGCUGAGUAGCGCUGUGGCGUUCCUGCAUGAAAACAAUAUUGUUCACAGAGACCUUAAACCAGAUAAUAUCCUCAUCUCGGAGCGUUCUGGCAUGCCUGUGUUGAAAGUGGCAGAUUUUGGACUGAGUAAAGUGUGUGCCGGUCUGGCUGCUGGAGUACGGGACUCAGAGGAGGGACGGGACAAAAACAAGAACAGUGUUAACAUCAAUAAGUUCUGGCUUUCAUCGGCAUGCGGCUCAGACUUUUACAUGGCACCGGAGGUUUGGGAAGGACAUUACACAGCCAAAGCAGACAUUUUUGCUCUAGGCAUUAUCAUCUGGGCCAUGAUAGAGAGAAUCACUUUCAUUGACGCCGACUCAAAACGGGAGCUUCUCGGGACGUAUGUGCGGCAGGGUUCUGACAUCGUCCCGGUUGGAGAGGCGCUUCUGGAGAACCCAAAGAUGGUGUUGAGUAUUCCCCAGCGCAGGCGCUCGCAUAUGCCUGAGGCACUCCGGAAACUUUUGCAGGACAUGCUGGCAGUCAAUCCUCAGGACCGACCAGAUGCACUAGAACUGCACAGCAGGAUGGGACAGGUCACUUGCGUAGCGUGAACUCUGACCUGAAUGCACACACAGGUUUUCCCUUUCCAUAACAGACCAGAAGGGACCGCGUUGCUUGGAAAACUGUGAAUCUUCCAUUGCUGAUUUAAUGUGAAGAGAGUACAAAGUACUCAACUUGAACACCAAUACAAAGUUUGCCACAAAUAGAUUUUCAUCUGACCGUUCCCUUUUUUCGUUUACAGUAGUAAUUUACAUGAAUCAUUCAGCAAGCCCAGAAGUGUUCAGGCUAACUCAAUCAGCAGUUACAUCACUAACAGUGAAGUAAAGCUAAAAACAAUGUUAUGAUGCAGUGAGUACAAUCAAGCUAAAACAAGCAAGCUCUUUAUUAGUCUUACUGAGGGACUUUCAAAUUCUGUUUAUGGAGCCUCCCUACUUGUUCAUCUUCUCAAAACAAUCUUUUGCCAUAACAAACAAAGAAAAGUAUUUCAGAUAUUUUAUCCGGUUUUAUGAGAAGUGAAGCUUUUGCAAGUACAAACAUUGUUUGCAGAACAAAGACAGACACACAAGAUACUUGACUACAUUUUGAGUUCAAGCAUUUUUACAUAUAUGCUCAUCACAUGUCACAAAUCAUGUCAUUACCAUAGUCUACUUUUGGGUCUUACUUGAGUUAAACAUAAAACUCCUCAGAACUUUUUCAUCUUUAUCUUUCCUGUCACAACACAAUAACUGAAAUUUCAAGACCAACUUUUAGAACUUGGUUUUCAUUUGUCAUGAAAAUGCUCAUGAUCUUAAGCCUAAAACCAAUAUUGAGAUAUUUUUUCUCCUUGAAUGCAGAUUUAUCCUGGUGCCUUGAAGUCUAGUGAUA